AUGCCGGUCCCAAACACCAGCCAGGUAGUACCCGGCGCAGCGGUCUCCAUCGUCCUCAAAGCAGAUCAACCCACCGGCCGACAAGUCCAAGGCAUCGUCCAAAACGUGCUGACAUCUGGAAAUCACCCUCGAGGCAUCAAAGUGCGUCUCAGCGACGGUAGAGUCGGUCGCGUACAAAGAAUGCACACUGGCGAAAUACCUCCACAAGAAACUUCCACAACACCAACCUCUGCAUCAAGAAAUUCAAGACCACCUAGGGAAAGAGAUAACCGUCGUUCUAAAUUUCAAUCUCGAGAUAUUAGAUUGGAUGAAGGUGGUGAGGCGCCAGCUGAGGAGAUUGAUCUUUUUGCAUAUAUGAAGCCGGCGAAGCAGAAGAAAAAGGGAGGUGCGAAGGCGCAGGUGCCAGUUGAGGAAGAGGAGCCGAUUAGAGAAGCUGCAGCCAUCGCUACCUGCCCUGUGUGCGGUAACUUUGAAGGAGAUGAGACGGCAGUCGCGCAUCACGUCGAGUCGCAUUUUGCUUGA